GUAGAACAAAUUAUUGUUAGUGCUUAUUAUCAAAACUUAUCAAAAUGACUAAUUUGAGCAUGGAUGAAUUAGAAAUUCUCAUCCAGCACGCAGAUACGUUGAAUCAUAAGUCACUUCAAGAAUUAAUAGAACAUUUUCCAUUUGAUUCGUUAAUCAAUAUUACAAUUUUAAACUACGAGUUUUUGAGAUUACAUGUUAUUUUACUAGAAAAAAUAAUUAAAAACGAUGUAUUUUAUAAAAGUCCAAAGAGUAUAGAAUAUGUUCGACAUAUUUUGAAUUUUAUUUUGACCAACAUUACCUUACUGAAAGAUAUUCAUUCAAAUGAAAUAUUAUCAUGGCUUUUAAACUUAUUGACAACUAUUAUCCAAAAGGCCAAGGAUUUUGAAAAGGUCACAAAAUUUUUACAAAACAAGAAAGAAAAAUUAUUUGAAACAGUUUCGAUGUGUUCCAAAUUUAGUUUCUUCAAUAUUAGUCAUGUAAAUGAUUUCAAAUCAGUUAUGUAUGAAAUAUUAAUGUUUGACGGUUUCUUACAUGAUGGACAUUCCAAAACUUUUAUGGAAAUGGUAAACAUCUUCAUGGAUUUUAAAGCGCAUUAUGAAAUUUCUAUUUGGACCGAGAUAGUAAUCGAAAAAUAUCACAUAUCAUCAGAAAUUUUCAGUGUGUUUUCAACAUGGUUGCUGAAAAAUGGAAUUACCUUCUUAGUUGAGAGCAACGAAGAAUUGUUGUUGGCAAAACUACUAAAGAUUAUUAAUUGCUUAUACACGAAGUACGAAAGAUCAGACACAUGUAAGGAUAAUAAGAAGAACGCAAUAGAAUGUAGCAUCAACUUUUUAACGCAAAACGUAGAAUUCCUUGUAUCCUUUUUCUCAAAACCCAAUUUGAGAAAGGAUUCGGCCAAAUUGUUUGCUUUCGUACUCGCAGCUCAAAAUUUGGAAAACAGCUGGGACUACUUUUAUAAAAAGAUAGUUAAUCUGCCUGUAGACCCUUCAGAAUGGGUCCGUUCUGAGCCGGAGUUGUUUCUGAGAAUUUGUAACUUACUGUGCGAAAAUAAUAGGAUCCUAUGGCCACCCAACAAAAUUCUACAAAUAAUUGGUUCAAUAAUUUAUUCCUAUCGAAGGUACUCUUUAAAACCCAGCCUACUGAAAAUUAUGUGCUAUAUGUAUCCCCUGUUGAUGGCAGAAUGUAUCACAAAAAGAAACGCAAUCUUGGGAGACGAUUUGAUGAUAAUCAUAUCAAGACAACAUUAUAAGUUAGAAACGAUUUUUUCUCUUCAUCUAAGUCAGUUGAACUGGAUUCUGCGAAAAGGGGAAAAUUUCUUGAAAAAAUUGAUGAUCUGCUUUUGGUUGAAUCAUAACGGCGAUUUGGAAAUUUUAAAAAAGUGUAUUUUAAGUGCAAACAUGCAGAAAUUAUUAAUAAGUAUCAUUAUUGAUGUUAAUACUGAUUUUCCAAUCAGUUUGAAAGCUGCGGAAUUAAUAAAAAACAUAGAUGAUCCAAAUUUCAAGACAACAAUAGCCAAAAUGUUACCAGUGUUCUCGGACAAUCCAAAAGUUUUUAACCGUUUGAUGAUCUCCAAUCCCGGUAUACCGGAUGAUAAGGAUCUCGCAUUGAGAAUGGCGGAAUUCAUGUCGCUGAUACAAUUUUUCACUAUGGACGAAUUAAUAUUCGGUCUUAUUUGUGAUUAUAGCAAAAGAUUGGUUAUCUAUCUCAAAGAGGAUAAACGCGUUUUGACGGUAUUUUGCAAAAAUUCUAAAAAUAUAGUAAUUUUGGUCAAAAGAUUGAAAAAAUUGAAGACUGAGUUGGCGUUAAACAAUGCCAUGGGAUUGAUUAAAGUGUUACUACUCGUUCAGAAACGAAACCACAUAAGUAUAGAAGACUCGAUAGAAAUCGAUUUUGCAUACAUUCUCAAGGGAUCCUCGAUUAAAGUCGAAAAAUGCCUCGAUGUACUUUUCCUUUUAACAACCCAACGAUUAUUUAUCAAACUAACCCCUGAAUCAAUCUUUUCGAUAUUUGUCAGGCUAUUUUCCCUUUGCAACAAUCCAGAUUUGACGGUGAAGUCUUUGAUUUGCCUAACAGAAAUGUUGAAAGCCAAUAAGUGGUUGGCCACAUCGUCUAUCACGAACUUUUUUGUGGAAAACCACUGCAGCCUGGCUGUAGACGACAAGUCUUGUCACGAAUUUGUGGUGUUUUUGGGUGUGUGGAUUAAAAUUUUGAAAAAUUGUUUGGAGGCUGAUAAGAAAUUUUAUUUGGCGCAUACUGGAAUUAUUAGAAAUUACAUCAAGCGGGUGGAUGGCUUGCCACAAUCGAGGGUGAAUUAUUUAUUAAAAUCUCUAAACCGAAUUAAUAGAAUCAGCUUUUCAAGUGGAUUUCAUUUAUUAUAAUUUGUUGAAGAUUUUAAUGUAAAAUAUAAG